AUGACAGGGAGAUAUGGUGGAUCAGCCGCUGGGCUUAUGGCUGUCCAAUGUGUGGUGGUACAUGGGUCCGAGUUGUAUAGAAGAUUAUCACUGUUUCAGCUACUAGGUUGCAAAUCCGUGUGGCAUAAACAUAUUCAGAUUGAUUGUAAAUCCGUGAUUGAUAUUCCUUCAUGUGAUUAUCACGCAACACUGCUGCUGCUGAAGUCUGAGGAUCUGUUCAGCUCAGCAGUUGCUGAUUGGAGUUAG